AUGUCUGCCUACACCCCGCCAGCGCCUUUCGACCCCAAGGAAGAGAAGUGGGGAUCCUACAUGUCUCGGUUCGAGUGCUUCAUGGUGGCAAACGACAUGCAGGGGCUACCGGACGUUCGGAAGAAAGCCCUGUUCCUGAGCCACUGUGGGCCAAGGGUCUUCGACACAGCCGAAGCAUUGUCAGAGCCGAAUUCGGUCCACAACAUUUCCUGGUCGACGCUACAGACUCUGCUGAAAGACCACUAUGCACCAACGCCAUCGAAGUACGUCCAACGCUAUGAUUUCCGGCAACGGCUACAGCAGGAGGGCGAAUCGAUCAGCGAGUACAUCGCUGCCCUGUGUAAGGCCGCAACCCAAUGUGAGUACCGAGACCUGGAUGAGAUGCUCCUAGAGCAACUAAUUUUCGGAGUGAGAGAUAGCCGACUCCAGCGAAGGCUGCUUGCGAGGUCAAACCUGACCCUACUCAUCGCGCUAGACGAGGCCAGGGCACAAGAGUCAUCAACAAAGGCUGCAGAAAGACUAAAGAGCUCCCACGUAACCAGAACAACGCAAAAGACAGCACCAGUGCACCGAGAGGCCACGAGCACCACGAGCGAAGGGGAGUCUGAAGAAGAAGUCUACCGCACCGAGCAGUCCUGCACGGCCCGCAGGGAGCCCAGAUAUGGAUGCGCCAGCUGCGGAGGGUCCCACUCACGUCAAAACUGUAAGUUCAGGGACGCCAUUUGCCGUUCCUGUGAAAAAAGGGGCCACAUCGCUCGGGUCUGCAGAUCCAAGGCACACCAGAGCUACAAACCACGUGGCCAACCCUUCCAAUCAGAGCCGGCACCACACCGAAGGCCCAACAGAGAUGGCGGAAACCAGAAGGGCGCGAAAUUUGAAGACGCUGGGGCCUACACCAUCCGCAUCGCAGAGACCUGCACCUCGCCCGGAGAAAAGACCUACACCACGGUCGAGAUCGAGGGACGGGAGUGCCAGAUGGAGAUCGACACGGGAUCACCAAUAUCCAUCAUGUCGUGGGAAAACCUAAAGAAAAUCAUCCCCAGCGCACGCAAGCGACAGCUCCAGCCACAGCAACGCAGAUUGAAGGACUACCAGGGGAACCGCAUACCCGUCGAAGGAAGAGGCGAGUUCCAAGUACAGUACGGGGAGUUUACCGAGAAACUGCCCCUCACCAUAGUCAGCGACAACCUCCCAAGCCUCCUGGGCAUGGACUGGUUUAGAGCCCUAGGCAUGGGAUUCACCGGAGUGAGAAACGUCAGAAGCACCCUGAAGGAAGACCUGAUGCAGGAGUUCCAAGACGUGUUCGACGAAAGGCUGGGCAAGUAUGUGGGGACCCCGAUUUCAUUUAACCUCAACCCCAAUAUUGCACCCAUCCGCUUAAAGCCUAGGCGGGUACCGUUCGCCCUGAAGCCCAAAAUUGACAUUGAACUGGACAAAUUAAUCAAACAAGGGGUGCUUGUUCCAGUCGACCACGCCAAUUGGGAGACCCCAAUUGUGACGCCGGUAAAGCCGGACGGAUCAGUGCGCAUAUGCGCUGAUUAUAAAUGCACAAUUAAUAAGGCCCUGCAGCAGAGCGCCUAUCCAGUGCCCAUUGUUCACCAUUUAUUGCAUUCCCUGGGCCCCGGCAAGAUCUUCGCAAAACUCGAUCUUGCGCAGGCGUACCAGCAACUGCCGGUAGAUGGCGCUACCGCAGAGGCACAGACUAUCGUAACCCACAGAGGGGCCUUCAAGUGCAACCGUUUGCAAUUCGGAGUAAGCGUAGCCCCCGGACUUUUCCAAAGUACCAUGGAGCGGCUACUACAAGGGAUCCCCAGGGUGGUGCCCUAUUUUGAUGACGUGCUCAUUACCGCCGACAAUGAGCAGCAAUUAAGAGAAAGACUGAGGGGAGUCCUAAGGAAAUUCAGGGACGCAGGACUCAGAGUAAAACGAAAUAAAUGCAUGAUCGCAGUUCCCUCAGUCGAAUUCCUAGGGUACAGGGUAGAUGGCACCGGCAUACACCCCACAGAAAGCAAGAUCAGGGCAAUCAGAGAAGCACCCACCCCCAAAGACAAGGCAGAGUUACAGGCCUUCCUGGGACUAUUAAACUUUUACGCCAUCUUCCUUAAAGACAAGGCAACAGUGGCAGAACCCCUACAUAGACUGUUAACCAAGAAAGCCACAUGGAAAUGGGGGAAGGCUGAAGACAGGGCAUUCGCCGGCAUCAAAAAACUGUUAUCAGCUGAAAGCUUUUUAAUACAAUACAAUGCAACGCUUCCCCUUGUUCUAGCAUGUGACGCGUCCCCAUUCGGGGUGGGAGCCGUCCUGAGCCACAGACUCCCGAAUGGCCUAGAAGCGCCCAUUGCGUACUACUCCCGGACUCUAUCAAGCGCCGAGCGAAAUUAUAGCCAGCUCGACAAGGAGGCCCUCGCCGCCGUUUCAGGAGUAAAGAAAUUCCACGAGUACUUGUUCGGGAGGGAUUUUGAACUAAUCACCAACCAUCGACCGCUCCUGGGUCUCCUCGCAGGAGAUCGACCAACCCCGGCAGCACUAUCGCCCAGGAUGACACGCUGGGCCAUCUUCCUCGCAGCAUACUCCUAUCGCCUGGUACAUCGACCAGGGGCGGACAUGGGCAAUGCGGACGCACUCAGCCGAUGCCCACUCCCUGACGGCCUAGAAGACCCCACACCCGGCAUCCCCAUCCUGCUGAUAGACGUUUUGGACUCUGGGCCCAUAACAUCAGCCGAGGUUGCGAGAGCCUCAACCAAAGACCACGUGAUCCGGACAGUCGCAAGUUGGGUCAUGAGGGGGUGGCCGGAAAAGAUUGGGAGCGGGGAAUUUAAACUGUUCGCGGGAAAACGGGACGAGCUGACAAUGCAAGGGGGGUGUUUGCUAUGGGGCGAUCGGGUUGUUAUUCCUUUACGUUUACGGGAAAAGGUUUUAACAUUGUUGCAUGAGGGGCACCCUGGGAUUGUAAGAAUGAAGGGGCUAGCCAGGAGCUACGUCUGGUGGCCCAGCAUGGACACAGACAUUACCGAGUGGGUGGGGAGAUGCCAGCCCUGCCAAGAGUCCAGAUCAGACCCACCAACGGCGCCCGUGAGAGAGUGGGAAAGGCCCCAGGGACCCUGGUCCAGGAUACACAUUGAUUUUGCAGGCCCAUUUCACAGACAGACCUUCAUGGUCGUUGUAGACGCAUUCUCCAAAUGGUUGGAGAUCAAGCUAAUGAAGGCCACUACCACCGACGCAACCAUCAGGGAGCUGAGACAGUUAUUCGCCACCCAUGGGUUACCGGACAUCCUAGUGUCAGAUAACGGGCCACAAUUCACCGCGACACAAUUCGAGGGCUAUUUAGCAGGACUAGGGAUCAGACAUGUCCUUUCAGCCCCGUUUCAUCCGGCCAGUAACGGACAGGCGGAGAGAUUUGUAAGGUCAGCAAAGGAGGCCCUUUCACGUCUAAGCCCCGGAGACUGGCAGGAAAGGAUAGAUAAGUUUUUAAUAGCACAGCACUCCACACCCUGUACAGCCACAGGCCGAAACCCGGCAGAACUAUUAAUGGGACGGAAACUCCGAGGAAUACUAGAUAGGCUCAACCCCAAUUACUCUCCAGAGGUUUUCAAGGGGGGGGGAGAGAAAGCUUAG